CAAUUUAAUUCUUUGUCUAGGUCACUUGGUAUUCUCAGCUUGAUGAAAACAAAAAAUGAUUCAAAGGUGACAGAAUUUGUUCUUCUGGGCCUGUCAUCCUCCUGGGAGCUGCAGCUAUUUCUCUUCUUAAUAUUUUUGUUGUUUUACAUGGCUAUUAUCCUGGGAAACCUCUUGAUAGUGGUAACAGUGCGAGCUGAUGUUCACCUGCUCCAGUCUCCUAUGUACUAUUUUUUGGGCCAUCUCUCCAUCAUUGACCUGUGCCUGAGCUGUGUUACCAUGCCUAAAAUGUUAUGGGAUUUUCUACUGCAGGGCAAAACCAUAUCCUUUUCAGGAUGCCUGGCUCAGAUCUACUUCCUCCACUUCCUAGGAGCUAGUGAGAUGUUUCUGCUGACAGUCAUGGCCUAUGAUAGGUAUGUUGCCAUAUGCAACCCUUUGCACUACCUGACAGUCAUGAACUGCCAGCUAUGCCUUCAGUUGGUUUUCGCCUGUUGGAGUGGGGGUGUCAUCCACUCUAUCACACAGGUCGUUCUGGUCCUCCAGCUACCUUUCUGUGGCCCCAACGAACUAGACAACUUCUACUGUGAUGUCCCACAGGUUAUCAAGUUGGCCUGCAUGGACACCUAUGUGGUAGAGGUGCUGAUGGUCUCCAACAGCGGUCUGCUGUCUCUCAUCUGCUUUUUGGUCUUGCUAUUCUCUUAUGUUAUCAUCCUGACCACCCUGAGAACUCGUUUUCGCCAAGGCCAGAGCAAGGCACUCUCUACCUGUGCCUCCCAUCUAACAGUGGUCAGCCUGAUUUUUGUGCCGUGUAUAUUCAUCUAUUUGAGACCUUUCUGCAGCUUCUCUGUGGAUAAGGUAUUCUCCGUAUUUUACACAGUGAUCACACCUAUGUUGAACCCCCUCAUCUACACACUCAGAAAUGCUGAUAUGCACAUAGCUAUGAAGAAACUGAGAAAAAAGCAUGUGGCAUUCUGUUGCUUUAUUAGAGGAUGA